UAAUGGUCCUGUUUUUAUAUUUAUGAACAGUAAUUGUCUCCAAUUUCAUUUAAAUUAAAAUUAAAUUUUACUUAACUUAUUAUAUCUGACUUGACUGAUUGUGAUGAGAAGAGUUGAUUCUAUGGCUAAACUGUAUAUGUAGUCUGUAUGCGGAAGUAAACAUAAUCAGUAAGAAAAAAUCAUCCUAUUUUAUAAAGAAAGAAUUGAUUGAGUUUUGAAUGAAGUGUGCAAGGCUCGUCUCUCCAGUGGAGAGCUCUGAUUCAGUUGGAUGUCAUGCAGGGGUGUGUUGUGGUUUGUUUCUGGGAACUGGAUUUCGGAAAGAGGGUUAUCUGGAACUGAUAAGGGCCGUGUUUAAAAGGCAGGGUUAAGAUGAGACUACCGUACUUCACUCUGCCAGCUGGAGGGAGCGGUAACACUGUGCAUGAAGAGGAUUUGGUGAAUCAUGCUUCUGCUUGCGGUCACUGUAUCCGUUGCCAAUGUGCUUUUUGCUGCUGGAGUGGAUUCUUUACCCCUAUCGGACCAGGGACCCCACAUCCACCAAGGCUGGGACCAGGUGGUCCGACUCAGACACCUGUACGCUGCCAGGCCAGGGCUUCACCUGCUGAUCAGUGAUGAUGGACAGAUCCAUGGCUCUGCGGACCAAACUCUGUACAGUCUGCUGGAGAUCCGUCCAGUGGAUCCAGGCUGCGUUGCAAUCAGAGGAGUAGCAACUGCACGAUUUCUCUGCAUACAAGGUGAUGGAAGACUGUACUCAUCGCACACCUACAGCAAAGACGACUGCACCUUCAGAGAGCAUAUCUUGCCAGACGGGUACAAUAUCUACAUAUCCGACACACAAGGAGCCCUGCUCAGUCUGGGGAACCAGCGUCAGAGGCUGCAGGGUCGUGACCGAGGCGUCCCGGCUCUGGCGCAGUUCCUCCCCAGGAUCAGCACAUUAGAUCAGGCGGCCUUUGCCCCGGGAUGGGACACCCCGGAGCAGCCAGAGCACAGCACAGCACAAACAGAACAGCCUGUGGACGCAAUGGACUCGUUCGGAAAGCUCUCUCAGAUCAUUCACAGCCCCAGCUUCCACAAGAGAUGAGACAGCGGCAGCUCGGAGACGCCUGUAAACACCUCUGCUCUGUCUGAGACCAAGCACUCCCCCCUGCAUGUUGCAGAACUGGAGAAGGGCUGCAUGUCCAGCUGUCGUACACCUGGUGGGGUUUCCGUGAAAUCCAGUCAAAUAUGACCAAACACAACGCAACAAGUACAGUGUCCUACAGAGUGGAGUAUGACACCUGUGCGAGUAUAAUAAUUCA